GAUUAAUUGAAACUGCGACUGCGCGGUGUGAGCUUUCCUGAGCAAGGGCGGUCCGGGGGGUUUUUCAGAGAACUUGGCCUGUGGGCCCGGGAACCACAGGCGCUUUGCUCUGGGUAAAGUUCAUGUGUUAAAGUUCAUGGGAACAGGAAGAAAUGGAUUUUUCUGCGGAUCACGUUGAAGAAGUACAAAAUGUCCUUAAUGCUAUGCAGAAAAUCUUAGAGUGUCCAAUCUGUCUGGAGUUGAUCAAAGAGCCUGUUUCCACAAAGUGUGAUCACAUAUUUUGCAAAUUUUGUAUGCUGAAACUUCUCAACCAGAAGAAAGGGCCUUCACAGUGUCCUUUGUGUAAGAAUGAUAUAACCAGAAGAAGCCUACAAGAAAGUACAAGAUUUAGUCAGCUUGUUGAAGAGGUAUUGAAGGUCAUUCAUGCUUUUGAGCUUGACACAGGAUUGCAGAUUGCAAACAGUUAUAACUUUUCAAAAAAGGAAAAUAACUCUCCUGAGCAUCUGAAGGAGGAAGUUUCUAUCAUUCAAAGUAUGGGCUACCGAAACCGGGCCAAAAGACUUCGACAGAGUGCACCUGAAAAUCCUACCUUGGAAACCAGUCUUAGUGUCCAGCUCUCUAACCUUGGAAUUGUGAGAUCUCUGAGGACAAAGCAGCAGAUACAACCUCAGAAAAAGUCUGUCUACAUUGAAUUGGGAUCUGAUUCUUCUGAAGAUACAGUUAAUAAGGCCAGUUAUUGCAGUGUAGGAGACCAUGAAUUGUUAGAAAUCACCCCUCAAGGAGCCAAGGCUGAAGCCAGUUUGAAUCCUGCAAAAAAGGCUGCUUGUGAGUUUUCUGAGAAGGACAUAACAAAGGCUGAACAUCAUCAAUUCAGUAAUAAAGAUUUGACCACCACUGAGAAACAUGAAACUGAGAAGCAUCCAGAAAAGUAUCAGGGUGAAGCAGCAUCUGAGUAUGAGAGUGAAACAAGCCUCUCUGAAGACUGUUUGGGGCUGUCCUCUCAGAGCGAUAUCUUAACCACUCAGCAGAGGGAUACCAUGCAAGACAACCUGCUGAAGAUCCAGCAGGAAAUGGCCGAACUGGAAGCUGUGUUAGAGCAGCACGGGAGCCAGCCUUCUCACAGCUCCCCUUCCCUCAUAGCCGAUUCUUGUGCCCCUGAGGACCUGCUAAAUCUGGAACAAAACACAUCAGACAGAGCAGUAUUAACUUCAGAGAAAAGUAGUGAAUAUCCUAUACGCCAGAAUCCAGAAAGCCUUUCUGCUGACAAGUUUCAAGUAUCUCCGGAUUGUUCCACCAGUAAAAAUAAAGAACCAGGAAUGGAAAGGUCUUCCCCUUCUAAAUCGCAGUUGUCAGAUAAUAGGUGGUAUAUGCACAGCCACUCAAGAAGUCUUCAGAACAGAAACUGCCCACCUCAAAAGGAGCUUGAGGUUGUUGAUGUGGAGGAGCAACAGCUGACUGAGUCUGAGGCCCAAGAUUUAACGGAGCAGUCUUAUUUGCCAAGACAAGUUCUAGAGGGAACCCCUUACCUAGAAUCUGGAAUCAGCCUCUUCUCAGAUGACCCUGAGUCUGAUCCCUCUGAAGACAGAGCCCCAGAGCCAGCUCAUUCUUGCAGCAUGCCACCCUCAGCCUCUGCACUGAAAUUACCCCAAUUUCAAGUAGAAGAAUCUGCCAGGAGUCCAGCUGCUGCUCAUACUACUAAUACUGCAGGGUAUAAUGUGAGGGAAGAAAGUGUGAGCAGAGAGAAGCCAGAGUUGAUAUCUUCAACACAAAGAGGCAACAAAAGAAUUUCUAUGGUGGCAUCAGGCUUGACCCCAAAAGAAUUUGUGCUUGUGCACAAGUUUGCCAGAAAACAUCACAUCACUUUAACUAAUCUAAUUACUGAAGAGACUACUCAUGUCAUUAUGAAAACAGAUACUGAGUUUGUGUGUGAACGGACACUGAAAUAUUUUCUGGGAAUUGCAGGAGGAAGAUGGGUAGUUAGCUAUUUUUGGGUGACCCAGUCUAUUACAGAAAGAAGGAUGCUGGAUGAGCAUGAUUUUGAAGUCAGAGGCGAUGUUGUCAAUGGAAGAAACCAUCAAGGCCCAAAGCGAGCAAGAGAAUCCCAGGACAGGAAGAUCUUCAAGGGCUUAGAAAUCUGUUGCUAUGGACCCUUUACCAAUAUGCCCACAGAUCAACUAGAGUGGAUGGUGCAUCUGUGUGGGGCUUCUGUGGUGAAGGAGCCCUCAUCAUUCACCCUCAGCCAGGGUACUCAACCAAUUGUGGUCGUGCAGCCGGAUGCCUGGACAGAGGGCGGUGGCUUCCAUGUCAUCGGGCAGAUGUGUGAAGCACCUGUGGUGACCCGAGAGUGGGUAUUGGACAGCGUAGCCCUCUACCAGUGCCAGGAGCUGGACACCUACCUGAUACCCCAGGUCCCAAGAGCUGCUGCUGAUUCCAGCCAGCCAUGUAUAUAGGGGAUAGGGCCUGUCUCUGCAGGACCUCAGGAAUGAGCUUAAGAAAUGACCUUUUUCCAGGCCCAGGGAAAGGCCUCUUCAGUCCUUCCACAGCCCCAAUUCCUAAAUAUUUUAUGUACAUCAGCCUGAAAAGAACUUCUGGCUCUGCAAGGGUCCCUUAAAGAUUUUCUGCUUCAAGUCUCCCUUUGAAAUCUGCCAUGAGCACAAAAUUGUGGUAAUUUUUCACCUGAAAAGAAUUUAAAACCAUUUAAACCCCACCAAUUGAGCAAGGUGCUGAUUCAUUAUUUAUCAGCCUUAUUCCUCGUCCUGGGGCUGUCGGCUUCGAGCUGGAGGCACAGAGUGGUUGGUCUCAGGAGAAUAGCUGGUUUCCCUAAAUUUGUUUCUCAAAACCCUUGUGUUCUUGAAGUCCAGGAGUCAGAUCCUUCAAUGGAAGGUGAGUACUUGGGGAUCUGUGCCGUGACUUAAAAUCAGAACAGUCCUUGGACAGCUCUCAAGUGUUGGAGUGGAGCAUUGGGGAGGAAAUCCAGAGGCGGUAAUGGAUAUAAUAUGAAAUUUGAGGGUUAAUUAGAGGAGAGGGGAGUCUUGCUGACCCUGAUCUCCAAAAGUCUGGGCUAUAGUUGCUGGGUUUCUGAAGAAUUUCUUAGCACUGAUGUGCUCUGAAACAGCAGAAUCUUUUCAAGAACUCUGGUGUCCAAAGGGAAUCUUCUGAUUCCCCAUUAGUGACAAAUAAAAUGUUUAUUGUUGUAGCUCUGAUAUAUAACCCAUUCCUCUUGAAAUAUAAGAUCUCUGAUAUGAAUAUUUCAUGUCUGUAAGAUGACGGAUCCCACCAGGAAAGAAGCUGUUUGCUUUCCUUGAGGUAAUUUUUUUCCCUUUGCUCCCUAUUGCUGAACUGUACAGAUUCAUAAAUAAUUUUGUUUGCUGAAGGAAGAGAAAGUGUUUUUCAUAAACUCAUUAUCCAGGACUGUUUAUAGCUGUUGGAAGGACUAGGUCUUCCUUAGCCCCCCAGUGUGUGCGGGCAGUAAAGACUUGAUUGUACAAAAUAUGUUUUGUAAAUGUGCGUUUCACCUGCAAAUAAACUUGGUAGCAAACA